CGCUGUAUGCGGUCAAAGAAAACCCGCGUCGUCGCCGGAGUAUGUCUAGCCGGGGAAGGAUGCUCGACGAGGAGACUGCUGCACACGAUGAGGAGCGCAUACAACAUGUACGGGGGAGAGAUUGCGUGGCCUCACGAGGGGAGCGGGUGCCGACGGCGCCAAUCGGGCGUGCGUUGACGUGCUGCCAGUCUGCGUCUCACUGCGACGAUGCUCGCACGACCCGCCCUCCGCCUCCUCCGUCCUCCCUCGCGCCCGUCUCUGUUCCAUGUCGCCUCUCCCCGACAGUCUAUUUUUCUCCUUCCGAUAGACCCGAGUGCUCCCACGGCAGUGCACGCCGUCCCUAACCUCGACGUCGCUCGACUCUGGGACUCGGCGCCCGCCUCGAAAAGACCAGCAAAGGCGGGCACGACGCGGAUCUUCUACGCCACGCCUGGCGCGGAUGCGAGCAACAUCACGGCCCUCAUCUCGCUUGGGGAAAACUUUGUUGCCAAGCCAGAGAGCGAGAAGCGAGAACUCGUGCGCAAAGCGGUCGGCAGUGCGGUCAAGCAGGUCAAAGCGCUCGGUGACGGUGUUGACGAGCAAGAUGUGCUUGUCGACGCCGCCGCUGAUCCCCAUGCCGCUGCGGUUGCUGCAAAUCUGGCACUGUACGACUUUUCAUUGAAGACCGAGCCGCCUUCCCGCUUUGCUCCUUCUCUAAAAGACCCCAUUCCCGAAAGGCUGACUUUCCAGCCCAUCUCGCCUUCCGAAGAGUGGAAUCGCGGCGUCGUAUAUGCGCAGGCUCAAAAUCUUGCGCGCACACUGUCCGAACUACCGGGGAACAUGAUGACGCCUACGCUCUUUACCGAACGCAUCAAGUCUGAAUUCGCCGGUCUUCCCAACGUUGAGAUCACGAUGCGUGAUGAAGCAUGGGCUGCUGAAAGGGGCAUGCGUUCCUUCCUGUCUGUGUCAAAGGGUUCCUCUGAGCCGGCCAAGUUCCUCGAGAUCCACUACACAGGAGCUGCCAAGGACAUACAUCCGCUAAUGUUCGUCGGCAAGGGCGUCACUUUUGACUCGGGUGGAAUUUCCCUGAAGCCAGCUGCGGGCAUGAAACUCAUGCGCGGGGACAUGGGCGGCGCGGCGGCUGUAUGCGCCGCAGCGCUCGCUGUUGCGCGACUACAAUUCCCGAUUAACCUCGUCGUCCUCUCGCCUCUGACUGAGAAUCUCCCAGGACCGUCCGCGAACAAGCCCGGUGAUAUUGUCUACGCGAUGAAUGGAAAAUCGGUCGAGAUCGACAACACGGACGCAGAGGGUCGGCUUGUGCUCGCUGAUGCGUUGUACUAUGGUUCUACGAUGUUCAAGCCACACAGCAUUGUGGACGUUGCCACUCUGACGGGGGCGAUGAACGUCGCGCUCGGCGGCAUUUUCACUGGGGUGUUCACCAACUCGGACGAACUGUGGCACGCAUUGGACAAGGCGGGCGCGGUGGAACAUGACCGGUUCUGGAGGAUGCCGCUGGAUGACGAGUAUGGACAGCAGAUCAAGUCGUCGAACGCCGACCUGUGUAAUAGCGGCGGUCGAGCAGCGGGAAGCUGUACCGCGGCGCUCUUCCUCAAGGCGUUCGUUGAAGGGGCAGAGUCCGCGGACACAGUGCGAUGGGCACAUCUCGAUAUAGCCGGGACGAUGGAGUCAAAUCGAGGUUCCGCAUACAUGGAGAAAGGUCUGACAGGACGACCGACACGCGCACUCAUCGAGCUCGCGCGUCAGAGUCCACAGUGGUAGUCUGUGGCGAGUACAAUGCGAUCACUCCUCUCUAACCUGUCGUAGCCGCACACAUUGUACUGGGUCCAAACCUAGCAUUGCAGACAAUGCAUUGCCAACUCAGGACGUGGAGUCUACACUGUCAUCCGAGUGGGUCCCUUGCUGGAGCAUUCGACCUGGCUUCAGCACAUUUGAAGAAG